AUGGCGGCAGCUAACGCACCCAUCACGAUGAAGGAGGUCCUAACGCUUCCGAGCGUUGGGAUCAAUCAGCAAUUUAUCACGUUUACAAAUGUUACUAUGGAGUCUGACAAGUACAUUUGUGUACGAGAGACGGCACCGCAGAACAGUGUUGUAAUUAUAGAUAUGAAUAUGCCGAUGCAGCCUUUGAGGAGGCCUAUCACUGCAGAUUCUGCUCUUAUGAACCCGAACUCGAGGAUCCUUGCCUUAAAAGCUCAAGUUCCAGGAACCACUCAGGAUCAUCUACAGAUAUUUAACAUCGAAGCAAAAGCAAAGUUGAAAUCACAUCAAAUGGCUGAGCAGGUUGCUUUUUGGAAAUGGAUUUCACCAAAGAUGUUGGGGCUGGUCACACAAGCUUCCGUGUAUCAUUGGUCAAUUGAAGGUGAUUCUGAGCCAGUUAAGAUGUUUGAUAGAACGGCCAAUUUGGCAAACAAUCAAAUUAUUAACUAUAAGUGCUCUCCUAAUGAGAAGUGGUUGGUAUUGAUUGGAAUUGCUCCUGGAUCUCCCGAGAGAACACAAUUGGUAAAAGGGAAUAUGCAGCUUUUCUCUGUGGAUCAACAGCGGAGCCAGGCCCUUGAAGCACAUGCUGCUUCAUUUGCUCAAUUUAAGGUCCCUGGGAAUGAGAAUCCUUCUAUUCUUAUAUCCUUUGCAAGCAAGAGCUUUAAUGCUGGGCAGAUAACAUCAAAGCUGCAUGUCAUUGAGCUUGGUGCCCAACCAGGAAAACCAUCAUUUACAAAGAAGCAGGCAGAUCUCUUUUUCCCCCCAGACUUUGCUGAUGAUUUUCCUGUAGCCAUGCAGGUCUCUCACAAAUUUAACUUGAUAUAUGUCAUCACCAAGCUUGGCCUGUUGUUUGUUUACGACUUAGAGACAGCUUCUGCUAUCUACAGAAAUCGGAUAAGUCCAGACCCAAUUUUCUUGACUUCUGAAGCUUCCUCAGUUGGGGGUUUCUAUGCCAUUAAUAGGAGAGGACAAGUUCUUUUGGCUACAGUAAAUGAGGCUACAAUAAUACCAUUUAUUAGUGGUCAAUUGAACAAUUUGGAACUUGCUAUCAAUCUUGCUAAAAGAGGAAACCUCCCUGGUGCAGAUAAUCUGGUUGUCCAGCGUUUCCAAGAUUUAUUUGCUCAAACAAAGUACAAGGAGGCUGCUGAGCUUGCUGCUGAAUCUCCCCAGGGGAUUCUACGGACACCUGAUACGGUGGCUAAAUUCCAGAGCGUUCCUGUCCAAGCAGGGCAAACUCCUCCAUUGUUACAGUAUUUUGGGACCCUUUUGACUAGAGGGAAGCUCAAUACAUAUGAGUCUUUGGAACUAUCUCGGCUUGUUGUGAAUCAAAACAAGAAGAACCUCUUGGAAAACUGGUUGGCAGAGGAUAAAUUAGAAUGCAGUGAAGAACUUGGAGACCUUGUCAAGACUGUGGACAAUGACCUUGCUCUGAAAAUAUACAUCAAAGCUCGAGCUACACCAAAAGUUGUAGCAGCUUUUGCAGAGCGAAGGGAGUUUGACAAAAUACUGAUUUACUCAAAGCAGGUUGGGUACACACCUGAUUACAUGUUUCUUCUGCAAACCAUACUCCGUACGGAUCCUCAGGGAGCAGUGAAUUUUGCUUUAAUGAUGUCCCAAAUGGAAGGAGGUUGUCCAGUUGACUACAACACUAUCACUGAUCUUUUUCUUCAGAGAAAUCUGAUCCGUGAAGCGACUGCUUUCCUCCUGGAUGUUCUGAAGCCAAAUUUACCUGAGCAUGCUUUUCUGCAAACUAAGGUUCUGGAGAUCAAUUUGGUAACAUUUCCUAAUGUGGCUGAUGCAAUUUUAGCAAACGGGAUGUUCAGCCACUAUGACCGCCCUCGUGUUGCUCAGCUCUGUGAAAAGGCUGGACUUUAUGUCCAAUCUUUAAAGCAUUACUCAGAGUUACCUGAUAUUAAACGUGUAAUUGUGAACACACAUGCUAUUGAGCCACAGGCUCUUGUUGAGUUUUUCGGUACUCUUUCUAGCGAAUGGGCUAUGGAGUGCAUGAAGGAUCUUCUGCUAGUCAACCUGAGAGGCAACCUUCAGAUAAUCGUUCAGGCUUGCAAGGAGUACUGUGAGCAACUUGGUGUUGAGUCAUGCAUUAAACUCUUUGAGCAGUUCAAGUCAUACGAAGGGCUAUACUUUUUCCUAGGUUCAUAUUUGAGUAUGAGUGAGGAUCCUGAGAUUCACUUCAAGUACAUUGAAGCAGCUGCCAAGACUGGUCAAAUAAAAGAGGUUGAGCGUGUGACUAGAGAGUCUAACUUUUAUGAUGCUGAAAAGACGAAGAACUUUUUGAUGGAAGCUAAGCUCCCUGAUGCCCGACCGUUGAUAAAUGUCUGCGAUCGUUUCGGUUUUGUGCCUGAUCUUACUCAUUACCUGUACACAAACAACAUGCUUCGUUACAUUGAAGGUUACGUUCAGAAGGUGAACCCUGGGAAUGCUCCCUUAGUUGUUGGGCAGUUGCUUGAUGAUGAAUGCCCUGAGGAUUUUAUCAAAGGCCUCAUUCUAUCUGUUCGUUCAUUGCUUCCUGUUGAACCCCUUGUUGAGGAAUGUGAGAAGAGAAAUCGACUUCGUCUCCUCACUCAGUUCUUGGAGCAUUUAGUUAGUGAGGGAAGCCAAGAUGUGCAUGUCCAUAAUGCCUUGGGUAAAAUUAUCAUAGAUAGUAACAACAACCCUGAGCAUUUCCUGACCACCAACCCUUACUACGACUCUAAGGUUGUGGGUAAGUACUGCGAGAAACGGGAUCCCACCCUGGCUGUUGUGGCAUAUAGAAGAGGACAAUGUGACGAGGAACUCAUUAAUGUCACCAACAAGAACUCUUUGUUCAAGUUACAAGCCAGGUACGUAGUGGAGAGGAUGGAUGGUGACCUCUGGGAGAAGGUUCUUACGGAAGAAAAUGAAUAUAGAAGACAACUCAUUGACCAAGUUGUGUCUACUGCGUUACCCGAAAGCAAGAGCCCAGAGCAAGUUUCUGCAGCUGUUAAAGCAUUUAUGACUGCUGAUCUGCCGCAUGAGCUUAUUGAGCUUCUUGAAAAGAUUGUGCUUCAAAAUUCGGCCUUCAGUGGAAACUUCAAUCUGCAAAAUCUGCUUAUACUGACAGCUAUCAAGGCAGAUCCGUCUAGAGUUAUGGAUUACAUUAACAGGCUGGAUAAUUUUGAUGGUCCGGCUGUUGGAGAAGUGGCGGUUGAUGCCCAAUUGUAUGAGGAAGCAUUUGCGAUUUUCAAGAAGUUUAACUUGAAUGUUCAGGCUGUCAACGUAUUGUUGGAUAACGUCAGAAGCAUUGAGCGUGCUGUUGAGUUUGCUUUCCGGGUCGAAGAAGAUGCUGUUUGGAGCCAAGUCGCUAAGGCUCAACUCAGGGAUGGACUAGUCAGUGAUGCAAUCGAGUCCUUUAUCCGAGCUGACGAUGCCACUCAUUUCCUGGAGGUCAUUCGUGCCUCAGAAGAUACUAAUGUCUAUGAUGACUUGGUCAGAUACCUUCUUAUGGUUAGACAAAAGGUGAAGGAACCCAAGGUUGAUAGUGAGCUCAUCUAUGCUUAUGCAAAGAUUGAAAGGUUGGGUGAGAUUGAAGAAUUUAUUCUGAUGCCAAACGUUGCUAACCUACAAAAUGUCGGCGAUCGCCUGUAUGACGAAGCUCUGUAUGAGGCUGCAAAAAUAAUUUAUGCAUUCAUAUCGAACUGGGCCAAGUUAGCCGUCACACUUGUGAAGUUGCAACAGUUCCAAGGUGCUGUUGAUGCUGCAAGGAAAGCAAACAGUGCAAAGACAUGGAAGGAAGUCUGCUUUGCUUGUGUUGAUGCAGAGGAAUUCCGGUUGGCCCAAAUAUGUGGACUUAACAUUAUCAUACAGGUGGAUGACCUGGAAGAAGUCAGCGAGUACUACCAGAACAGAGGAUGCUUCAAUGAAUUAAUCUCACUUAUGGAGAGUGGACUUGGUCUGGAACGGGCCCACAUGGGGAUCUUCACCGAGUUGGGUGUACUGUACGCCAGAUAUCGUUAUGAGAAGCUUAUGGAACACAUCAAGUUGUUCUCGACCCGCCUCAAUAUUCCUAAGCUUAUACGGGCCUGUGAUGAACAACAGCACUGGCAGGAACUUACCUAUCUAUACAUUCAGUAUGAUGAGUUUGAUAAUGCUGCAACCACUGUCAUGAACCAUUCUCCUGAAGCAUGGGAGCACAUGCAAUUCAAAGACAUUGUUGCCAAGGUUGCGAAUGUCGAGCUUUACUAUAAGGCCGUCCACUUCUACUUGCAAGAGCACCCUGAUAUAAUCAACGAUCUUCUCAAUGUGCUUGCUCUGCGGUUAGAUCACACACGUGUUGUUGAUAUUAUGCGCAAGGCUGGUCACUUGCGCCUUAUCAAGCCGUACAUGGUUGCAGUUCAGAGCAACAAUGUUUCUGCAGUAAAUGAAGCUCUGAAUGAGAUAUACGUAGAAGAAGAAGACUAUGACAGGUUGCGCGAGUCCAUCGAUUUGCAUGACAGUUUUGACCAGAUAGGCCUCGCUCAGAAGAUUGAGAAACACGAGCUUGUCGAAAUGAGACGUGUGGCUGCGUAUAUCUACAAGAAAGCUGGUAGAUGGAAGCAAUCAAUUGCUUUGUCAAAGAAAGACAACAUGUACAAGGACUGUAUGGAAACUGCUUCACAAUCCGGCGACCAUGACCUUGCAGAACAACUUCUGGUUUACUUCAUUGAACAGGGGAAAAAGGAAUGCUUUGCUACAUGUCUCUUUGUCUGUUAUGACUUAAUCCGACCAGACGUUGCUCUAGAACUUGCUUGGAUCAACAACAUGAUCGACUUUGCCUUCCCGUAUCUCCUCCAGUUUAUCCGAGAAUACUCUGGCAAAGUGGAUGAACUAAUCAAGGACAAGAUAGAGGCACAAAAAGAAGUGAAGGCCAAAGAGCAGGAAGAGAAGGAUGUCAUGUCCCAACAGAACAUGUACGCCCAGUUAUUGCCACUGGCUCUACCUGCUCCACCGAUGCCAGGAAUGGGAGGAGGUCCAUCAGGGAUGGGAGGCGGUUAUGGUCCGCCACCACCGAUGGGCGGAAUGCCAGGAAUGCCGCCAUUUGGAAUGCCACCGAUGGGCGGCUACUAA